CCCACCCGUGUGCUCCGUUAAACCUCCCAACCCUCUCUCCCUCUCUCUCUCUCUCUAACUUCAUCAUGGACUCCAUCACUUUCUCUCUCUACCUCCUCCUCUCCUCCUCCCUCUCUCUCCUAAUCUUCGUCCUCCUCCGCUCCUCCAUCAUCACGCGCCGCCACCUCCGCCUCCCUCCGGGCACCCUCGGUCUCCCCUUCCUCGGCGAGACCCUCCACCUCAUCUCCGCCUACAAGUCCGAAAAUCCAGAUCCCUUCAUCGACGACCGGGUUUCCCAGUUCGGACCCAUCUUCACGACCCACGUGUUCGGCGAACCGACCGUGUUCUCCGCUGACCCGGAAACCAACCGGUUCAUCCUCCAGAACGAAGGCAAGCUGUUCGAGUCGAGUUACCCCGGUUCGAUCUCGAACCUGCUCGGAAGGCACUCGCUUUUGCUCAUGAAAGGGAGUCUUCACAAGAGAAUGCAUUCUCUCACUAUGAGUUUCGCUAAUUCUUCAAUCAUCAGAGACCAUUUGAUGCUUGAUAUCGACCGGUUGGUUCGGCUCAACUUGGAGUCCUGGACCGACCGGGUUUUGCUCAUGGAAGAGGCCAAGAAGAUUACAUUUGAGUUAACAGUGAAGCAGCUAAUGAGCUUCGAUCCAUGUGAGUGGACAGAGAGCCUAAGGAAGGAGUACAUGCUCGUCAUUGAAGGCUUUUUCACCAUUCCUCUCCCCCUCUUCUCCUCCACCUAUCGCAGGGCCAUCCAAGCGAGAAGCAAGGUCGCGGAGGCGUUGAGCUUGGUGGUGAGGGAAAGGAGGAGAGAGAGUAGUGAGAGAGGAGAGAGAAAGAAUGACAUGUUGGGGGCACUGAUGGACGAGGAGGGUGGCGGAGGCGGGUUCUCCGACGAGGAGAUAGUGGAUUUCUUGGUGGCUUUGCUGGUCGCAGGGUAUGAAACAACCUCCACCAUCAUGACUCUCGCCGUCAAGUUCCUCACUGAGACACCCCUCGCUUUGGCCCAGCUCAAGGAAGAGCAUGAUGAGAUUAGAGCAAGAAAAGACAAUUUAGAGGCUCUAGAAUGGAACGAUUACAAGUCCAUGCCAUUCACCCAAUGUGUUGUUAAUGAAACUCUAAGAGUAGCCAAUAUAAUAAGUGGGGUAUUUAGGCGAGCAAUUAUGGAUGUUGAUGUCAAAGGUUACACAAUUCCAAAAGGAUGGAAGGUUUUUGCUUCGCUCCGGGCUGUACAUAUGGAUCAUGACCACUUCAAGGAUGCUCGCUCUUUCAAUCCAUGGAGAUGGCAGACCAAUUCAGGAACAACAAACUCGGUAAAUUUGUUCACCCCAUUCGGAGGAGGGCCAAGGCGGUGCCCAGGUGCUGAGCUUGCUAGGGUUGAACUCUCAGUGUUUCUACACCACCUAGUCACUCGUUUCAGUUGGGUUCCUGCAGAAGAAGAUAAGUUGGUAUUCUUUCCAACCACAAGGACACAGAAGCGGUACCCCAUCAUCUUGCAACGGCGGAAUGUGCCUACAUCUUGUAUAGAGUAAGGUAGAGAAAGCAAAAGGAUGCAUAAAUAAUGGGUAGUCAAGAGAAUCUAGGAGAAAUGUAACCUAUUCUCAAUCAUAAUACAAUAAAAUAGCUUAGCAUAUAUAGCUAGUAUAUAUAUAUAUAUAUAUAUAAGUAAAUUGUUUAAUUCAACUGAGUUGAGUAGUUAAUGAUUAUCAUUAGCAAUGUUUCUUUUCUUAA